UGGAGAGGAAAAAAGCAAACCCCACCAACAUGACGAUGAGCUUCGUAAAAGCCUUGUCCACUCACAAAUCAAGGAAGCAAGAAUCUUAGAAGCAAAUGCAAAUGGAAAAGGAAAACCAAAACGGCGAUAUCGCACUUGAUUCCAAAUACGUUCGCUACAACAUUCUUGGAAACUUGUUCGACGUUUAUGCUCACUACGUUCCUCCCAUUCAACCCGUUGGUCGUGGCGCUUACGGCGUCGUUUGCUGCGCGACGAAUUCGGAGACCAAAGAAGGUGUUGCCAUCAAGAAGAUCGGGAAUGCCUUUGACAACCGGAUCGAUGCCAAGAGGACUCUCCGGGAAAUCAAGCUCCUCUGUCACAUGGACCAUGAUAAUGUGAUUAAGAUAAAGGAUAUAAUAAGGCCAGCGAAGAGGGAAAAGUUCAAUGAUGUGUACAUAGUUUAUGAGCUGAUGGACACUGAUCUCCAUCAGAUUAUUCAGUCUAACCAGCCUCUCACUGAUGAUCACUGCCAGUAUUUCUUAUACCAGCUCUUGAGAGGAUUAAAGUAUGUACACUCUGCCAAUGUUUUGCACAGAGAUCUAAAGCCAAGCAAUUUACUUCUCAAUGCAAACUGUGAUCUCAAAAUAUGUGACUUUGGGCUUGCCAGAACAACAUCUGAGACAGAUUUUAUGACAGAAUAUGUUGUCACUCGUUGGUACAGAGCCCCUGAAUUGCUAUUGAACUGUUCAGAAUAUACUGCAGCUAUUGAUAUCUGGUCUGUUGGAUGUAUUUUGAUGGAAAUAAUUAGAAGGGAACCUUUGUUUCCUGGUAAAGAUUAUGUUCAGCAGUUGGCACUUAUAACUGAGUUACUAGGUUCACCAGAUGAAUCGGACCUUGGAUUCCUCAGAAGUGAGAAUGCAAAGAAAUAUGUUAAGCAGCUCCCACAUGUAGAAAAGCAGCCAUUUGUGCAGAGGUUUCCUGAUGUGUCUCCAUUGGCAAUUGAUCUUGCUGAAAAAAUGUUGGUUUUUGAUCCCUCAAAACGCAUAACUGUUGAGGAAGCACUGAAUCACCCAUAUUUGGCAAGCCUUCAUGAGAUCAAUGAGGAGCCCACUUGCCCGAGUCCAUUCAUCUUUGAUUUUGAACAGACAAGUCUGAAUGAAGAAGAUAUAAAGGAGCUCAUAUGGCAAGAGUCUCUGAACUUCAGCCAGGAUCAGAUGCUUGAAUAAAUCAGUAAGCAAGAUGGUCAUUUUCCUUUUUAUCUUUUCAAUUCUAUGGACUUUCCAUAAUACAUGUUUAGAGUUGGGUGCAAAAAGUGGUUUGAUUCAAUGAAACAUGUUAUAAAAAUGUUUCUUAGUGGUGUAUGUGAUUCUAGUAACCUGUAGUUACUAGUCAAGGAAGAGUGGUUAGAAGAUGAAUCCUCCCAGCUCCGUUGUCCUCGGAGGACAAGUGAUAAAGUAAGUGUUUUUGUUUCUGUUUUUUUCCUUGGGGGGAUUCUAGUACCAGCUUAGCAUUGUUGGUUUGGUAUACAUAAAUGGAAGGCGCAUAUGCCUUUAAGGCCUUUGUCUUUGGCUUAGCAUUGUAUAAAAUAUAAAUCCAUAUAUAGCAGCAUGCAGAGUUGCUUUAAGAGUGGUGUUUCAGUGCUUAUAACGCUGGUUUUGUUUUUUGUCUGUCUUUUCACUUGGUUAAGUUGAAAAGUUUGAAAUCUUUUGUAUAUAUGUUUUACAUUUUGAUUUGAUGAUAUAA